AUGCCGGGCGGCUCAACUCACUUUCCCGAUCUUUUGCCCAACCCGUCGAAUAUCCACCGAGCCCCGGAAACCCGGCGACGCAGUUCAAACCUUACAAACAGCACCGAUAUGACAACCGAAUCUUCAGCGUGGGAAACGUAUCAGGGCUCACUUGCUUCCAGAUAUCCACCUCAAAGCCAACCUCAUGUUGAGAGCGGGCCUUUCGAUCUUGAACAACACGGACACCAGGGUGAGCCCCUCAUGAUGAGAUCCUCAUAUAUACGGGAGGAGGGAUUUGAUUCUCAAUCGGCACAAGUGGUACAUGGAGGAGCAAAAGACAAGAUAGGAUCCUCUGGCUCGCUGGCGUUGGGAAAUGGACAAUAUCUGGUUCAGGGCAGGCAGUCUGCUUAUGCCGCUCACCAUUCCCGCCCACCUCAUCCCCCGAGUCUCAAUAUCGUUCCGAAAAGGGGCAAAAUUGAAGACCCAAACCACUCUCAGCCCUCCGAUGCCGUAUGCAAGUCCUUCCAAUGGGGUAUGGAGAGCCAUGCUUCCCUUACCCGACAACAGAAAAUUGAAGAGCUUUUCCCCACUUGUACCAUGGCUCUCGCGAAUGCCGGUGUUGUAAAAUGGGGUCAGUGGGACGCAUCGGAGAAGCAGAAGGGCAAGGCGACAAUGUCGGUAGGAUGCAAAGGCGAUUUGGAAUGGCAACUAUGUCCCAAUUCCACUUCGGCAGCUGUGCUACCUCUAGAGUCGGUAAAUGAGGAAUAUGGAGCAGCUACGGGAGAUGAUAGAAGCGCACGCAUUGUUGGGGUAAUGGAGGGCUACGGACAACUUGUGGAGCGCAUCCAUCGUCGCACGGACAAGAAAUAUCGGGAUGAUGAUCGACUUGAACCGAGCAGCAACCGCCGUCCGGGAUACCCAGAUGGUGCAAAGGCAAUGAUUUUGAGGCCAGGCGAACUUGAACAAAGAAAUGAUCAUUCAGGAUACGACAGUGACCACACGGAGAAGGGAGGGGUGUUGGUGAACAAACAGGCUUGCCGCUCUUCAACCCCAGAGAAGGAAAGCUCUUCAUCAUGCUCACCAUCGCCAACCACAGCAGCUCCGAAGUACUUCUUCCGACCUAUGUCUCCAACGCCAUCAACUUCUCUGCUUCUCCCUAACGCACACCAGGCAAAGUUUACCGAACCAGGCGAAGACGACUUAGAACGACCAGGACAAAUCGAGCAUUCAGAGGAAUCAGGUGGUGUGUCGCUCUUGUACCUCCCCUUCUCCAACACCCCUUAUUCAUCGGAACAGAUGUUAUCAAUGCAGAGGGCACAGCAUAAUACGAGCACUUUGCGCAAGACACGGAAAUCAGCCUGGGCUGAUGACCUAUACACCUCUAAUGCUCGAGGAGCCGAUGGCCCUUGCGGCGCCAAUACCGAAGAGGCGACGAGAAUGGAGGGCAAUAUGAAGAGAGAACGAUCAACCCGCUCAGUUCCAUGGAACAAGGCACAGGUAUGGUCAAAUGGCAACGAAGAAUGGGCUUAG